AUGGUUCUCUAUUCAGCAAAAACAUUAUUCACAUGCAUCUUCUUCUUCCUCGUACUUUCUCUCCCACACUUGAGUGCUUCUGCUUCCACUGAUUUCUAUGGAUCAGUCUUGCUCAAAGCUUCUCCUAUCCAAUUCAUUAACUCUGCCAAAGAAGUUAUCACCAAUCUUCAACAGGUCACCACCGUUUUAUCACGCUUCAACGUUAAUGCCGCCCACCCUCGUGUCUCAGAUGCUAUUUCCGAUUGCCUCGAUUUAGUUGAUUUGUCCACGGAAAAUCUUCAUUGGUCCAUCUCCGCCAUUCAAAAUCCCAAUGGGAAGGAUAAUAGUACUGGAAAUGUAAACUCUGAUCUAAGAACAUGGCUGAGUGCUGUUCUUGUGAAUCCAGACACAUGUAUAGAAGGAUUACAGGGUACAAAUGUGAAGGCUCUUGUAUCCACUCGUCUUGAUCAUGUAAAAUCAGUGGUGAAGAAUCUUCUUGAUCAAGUAAUACCUUUCAAUGAUCACCUCACAACCGAUAUUGGCUCGGAUCGUUUUCCUUCAUGGAUUAAUGACAACGACGUGAAUCUGUUACAUGCAAAUAAAGUGAAUGCGGAUGCUGUUGUGGCAGCUGAUGGAAGUGGGAGUUACAGGACCGUGAUGGACGCCAUAACGGCAGCACCUGAAAAGAGCAAUAAAAGAUAUGUUAUACAUGUGAAAACAGGUGUUUAUGUUGAGAAUGUGGUGAUUGAUAAGAAGAAGUGGAAUAUUAUGAUCAUCGGAGAUGGUAUGGAUGCUACUGUUAUCUCCGGUAGUCUCAGUAAAGUCGACGGUACUACAACUUUCAAAUCAGCUACCUUUGCUGUAAAGGGUAGAGGGUUCAUAGCCCGCGACGUUUCAUUUCAGAACACCGCAGGUCCCGAGAAGCACCAAGCAGUGGCAUUAAGAUCAAGCUCUGAUCUCUCUGCAUUUUAUCGGUGUGGGAUAUACGGUUAUCAAGACAGCCUAUACGCCCACAGCAUGCGUCAAUUCUAUAGAGAGUGCAAAAUCACUGGUACGGUGGAUUUCAUCUUUGGGGACGCAACAGCAGUGUUCCAGAAGUGCCAAAUAGUAGCCAGGAAAAGAAAGCCUGAUCAAGAGAACACUAUUACUGCUCAAGGACGACAAUAUCCGACGCAACCAACCGGUUUCUCCUUCCAAUUUUGCAACAUUUCAGGAGAGAGCGGCCUAACUAACCCAACAUACCUUGGUAGACCCUGGAGGAAGUACUCGCGGACAAUUUUCAUGCAAUCCUACAUGAGUGACGCGAUAAAGCCAGAAGGGUGGUUAGAGUGGACCGGAAGUUUUGCUUUGGACACAUUGUACUACGGUGAAUACAUGAACUCUGGACCGGGUGCUGUAGUCACUAACAGAGUGAGAUGGUCGGGAUACCAUGUGUUGAAUGAUUCGAACGAAGCUAUUAAGUACACUGUGGCUCAAUUUAUUGAUGGGGAUCGUUGGUUACCUGCCACUGGUGUUACUUACGAUUCUGGUCUGACAGUAAACAAUAUUUAA